GCAGCUUAGAGCGAUAGUUCCGCUGCUUCUGCAGGCUGAAGCGACAAGGAUAGAGUCACCCUAGAAUAUGUUUGCCUGCGAGCGUGUGAACAUUCCUCUGCUCGGCUUUCAACUCUCCUCCAACCUGCGCCGCCCGGCCAGCAUGCCUCCCCGGUCUUGAAGCGGGGCCGCUGCUGCCCUGCCCCUCGCUCAGGCCGCCGCCGCCCCUCCGCGCCGCUGUUAACCCGCCCUCGCCGCCACCUGGCCCUCCUGAUCGACGACACACGCACUUGAAACUGGUUCCCAGGGUGUGUGGAAUCAACUUUCCGGAAGCAACCAGCCCACCAGAGGAGGUAGACAGACAGCUAGGUCCCCAGAGAUAGAGGAUACGAUGCUGUGGAGGCUGGUUCAGCAGUGGAGCGUCGCGUUGUUCCUGCUGAGCUACUCGGUGCCCUCCUGCGGGCGCUCGGUGGAGGAGCUCGGCCGCCGACUCAAAAGAGCUGUGUCUGAACACCAGCUUCUCCAUGACAAGGGGAAGUCCAUCCAAGAUUUACGGCGACGAUUCUUCCUUCACCAUCUGAUCGCAGAAAUCCACACAGCUGAAAUCAGAGCUACCUCGGAGGUGUCCCCCAACUCCAAGCCUGUUCCCAACACCAAGAACCACCCCGUCCGAUUUGGGUCUGACGAUGAGGGCAGAUACUUGACUCAGGAAACCAACAAGGUGGAGACGUACAAAGAGCAGCCACUGAAGACACCUGGCAAGAAAAAGAAAAGCAAGCCUGGAAAACGCAAGGAGCAGGAAAAGAAGAAGCGGCGAACUCGAUCAGCCUGGCUGAACUCAGGCAUGGCUGGGUGUUGGCUGGAAGGGGACCACCUGUCUGACAUCUCCGCGACAUCGCUGGAGCUCAAUACACGGAGGCAUUGAAAUUUUCAGCAGAGACCUUCAGAAGACAUAUUGCAGGAUUCUGUAAUAAUGAACAUAUGGAAAGUAUUAGAAAUAUUUAUUGUCUGUAAAUACUGUAAAUGCAUUGGAAUAAAACUGUCUCCCCCAUUGCUCUAUGAAACUGCACAUUGGUCAUUGUGAAUAUUUUUUUUUUUGCCAAGGCUAAUCCAAUUAUUAUUAUCACAUUUACCAUAAUUUAUUUUGUCAACUGAUGUAUUUAUUUUGUAAAUGUGUCUUGGUGCUGCUGAAUUUCUAUAUUUUUUGUAACAUAAUGCACUUUAGAUAUACAUAUCAAGUAUGUUGAUAAAUGACACAAUAAAG